AUGGGGCACGAUUAUUGGGAGCAGGAGAGAAUAGAUAUGGAGGAUUAUUCACACACUGCACGAAAAAACCUGUGGUUUGCAAUCCGGAUCUAUAACAGAGUGAUGACGGUGAGUGAUCCCUAUGUGUCCCCACGGACUGGCCCGAGUGGCCCCGGGUCCCAGGUCCUAGGCUCUCAUACCUUCCAGUGUUUCAUUGGUUGCAAAGUGGGUCCAGACCGACUCUUCCUCCGAGGGCACUAUAGACAUGCCUUUGAUGGCCGUGAUUACAUCAGCCUGAACGAGGACCUGAGAACUUGGACUGCCACAGACAAGACGGCUCAGAUCACUCAGCGACAGUGGGAGGAAAAAAAUGUAGCAGCAAACUGGAGAGUCUUCUUGGAGGGCCAGUGUGUUGCAUGGUUACUCAGGCACCUGGAGAUAGGGAAGGAGAUUCUGCAGCGCUCAGCAUCUCACACUGUGUCCCGGGCUGACUUGGGAAUCACUAUGUAGCUGUGAUGGUUAAUCUUCAUUGCCAACUUGACUGGAUUAGAAUCUCCUAGGAGAUUCAGCUCUGGUCACAUCUGUAAGAGUGUUUCCAGAGAUUAAUUAAGGAUGGAAGACCAACCCUGGGGCCCAAGGAUAAAAUGAAGAACAGGAGAAAGCCAGAUGUGAGGAUGCUUCCAUGAUGCUUCCUGAUCUACUGAAGUUGGAGGAAUCCCAGUCACAUGCCCCUGCUGCCAUUUACUCCAUCACACCUUAUGCUGAGAUUGACUGAACCUUCUUAAAUCAUGAAUCAGAAUAAAUCUUUCUUCCUUUAA